UGUCCUGAGUCGACGGUCAAUUGCCUUUAAGCAAUUGACCAUCGUACUCAGUCUGGCCUAUUAUCCACUGCGUAAAAGUAACCUGCCUGCAACAAAUUCUUGUUGAACCAAAACCUCAAUUCGCAUUCGAUCCUGCCGACGAGACCACCCUCGCUCAUUUCCGGAUUCAGAUAUGGCCCACAGUAAAAAGGAUGAACGAAUUCGCACCGCAACAUUCCCGUCUAUUUAAAGAGAUGGUUAUCGUGGCAAAGCCAACAAAGCCUUUUACCUAUACGGCAACGAAUACUGCGCGGCGACAGGUUAUUCUUACAGGCUAUAGCAAUGAGAUCUUAGCUGCUUAUGAGACUGUGGCAGAGAGCACACAAACUAAUAUCCCCCCGCCUUCGGAAUGGAACGAUGCAUCCACGGAGGAAUUCGUUGGUACCGUUGUUUUACAGGUCCUUUCUCACUCGAUUUCCGACAACGACGAUCUUUUCCAGCAUGGCUGCGAUAGUUUACAAGCGACGUGGAUUCGAAACAUCCUCCUUCGUGCUCUCCAGGAUUCAGCCGAACUUGAUAUCCGUCAAACUGCAGAUAACUUCGUCUAUACGUACCCAGGCUCCCCGGUAGAUGCAAUGCAAGCCAUGGUCGACAAGUACUCAAAGGACUUUGUGAUUAUCCCCAAAAAUAAAUCCGAUGCAAGGAAUAGGAAAGUCGUGCUCAUUACCGGCACCACUGGAGCCUUCGGAUCUCACAUUUUAGCCGACUUGGUCUUGGACGAGAACGCCCAAUAUAUCUAUGCCGUGAACAGACUUGGAGACGCCAUGGAGAAGGUCACUAUGCUAGAAGCUGAUUUAUCGGCGAAACCCCAAGUUCUUGUCGAGAUCAUAGGCUCCGUGACGCAUAUCAUUCACAACGCGUGGCGGGUGGAUUUCAAUUUAGGACUAUCUUCCUUCGAGGCUAAUGUCCGGGGCUUGCGCAACGUGAUUGAUCUAGCCCUGACCUCGCGAGCUCGACUUACCUACACAAGCUCUAUUGCUGUUUUCCAGAGCGCCGAUGAGGACCGGCCAUUAGCCGAAACCCACGUUGACGCAGAAGUUGCGAAGGGAAUGGGACGUGGCGAGUCUAAAUGGGUUUCGCAGGAGUUGUUGCGCUUGGCUCCUGGCUUACGCUACCUCGUUGUUCGAGUAGGCCAGCUCACUGGAGGACCUAAAGGGACUUGGAACGCGAAAGAGUGGAUUCCGUCGAUGAUCCAGAGUUCUAUGGUGCUCGGUUACUUGCCCAAUGACGAUAAGCUCGUAUCUAGGGUACCAGUGCACAUGGCAGCGCAUGCUAUUGUCGACUAUGUGGAUUUGCUGGCCCCGUCAUUCAGUUUAGCUCGAGUCGUUUCACAUGAACUAGCCGUUAAACUCAUUUCCUAUGACCAUUGGCUACAAGUUCUAGAGAGUUCGUCAUUGGACCCGACAACAUUGCUGGCAAAGCGUGUCCUUCCGUACUACAAAGGGAAUGCUGAGACGCUAGGAUGGAAGAACAGAGAGGCGUUUGGGGUGCCUCAUCUUUCGACGGGAUUGAUUCGUGAGGCGAGUUUCCCACAAUUGGGUGAUGAAAAUGUGAAGAAGUGGCUGCAGUAUUGGCGUAAAGAAAAGGCAAUAUUGUAG